CGUGCGCGUUCACGACUCUUGAUGAAGCAAACCUGGACCGAGUGAGCGAGUUGAUAACCAGCGUCGUGAUACCGCUUAUCCCUGAUCACAAUGAUCUUGAUUAGUGUAGCCGAAUAGGUCUGAGAAAUCCAGGGAAAACUGAGCUUGCUUCGUGAUACAGGCCGCUGGUUCACCUCUGAUCGGGAUAGGAAACCUAGGAUUGAAUCUUAUAUAAAGCACCACCCCCUGGCCAAUCAGCUCUUUGUGAAAACAUGGCCAGCCCAUUCAUUGAGGAUCCCAUUGAGGAAGGAGCCCAAAUAGUGAGGAGAGCAUUACGGCGUGAAAGGAUCUUCCUGGACCGGUCAAAUCCGUUAGAUUUUGCCGACGACUACUUGUAUGAGAGGUACCGGUUCUCACGGCCAGGCCUUGAGUACAUAUGUCAGAUUCUGGAGCCACAUAUUGGCCGUGCGACCCGCAGGAGCGCUGCCCUGACUGUCCCUCAAAGUGUCUGCAUCGCCAUGCGAUUUUUCACUACAGGGAGCUACCUGUACACAGUUGGAGAUGCUGAGAGGCUCAGUAAAAAUACAGUCUGUCGAGUUGUCCAUCAAGUUGCCUCUGCCCUGACGAGCUUGAUGGACGACUUUAUCGUCUUUCCAGGCCACCUGCCCGCACACGUCAUAAAACAACAAUUUUAUGCCAUCGCAGGUUUCCCCAGGGUGCUUGGAUGUAUUGAUAGCACUCUCAUCCCCAUCUCUGCACCGCUGGGUGAAGAUGAGAGGGAUUAUAUCGACCAAUAUAACAGCCGCAGCCUCAAUGUGCAGAUGACAUGUGACCACACCGGCAUCAUCACCAGCCUUGAUGCCAAGUGGCCUGGGUCCGUCCACGACUCUCGGGUCUUCAGGGAGUCCACACUCCACCAUAGACUGCAGCAGGGACACUUCAGUGGAGUGCUGCUUGGCGACAGGGGGUACGCCCUCCACCCCUUUUUGAUGACUCCCUACCCGGACCCUGAACCAGGACCACAGACCCGUUAUAACCUGGCACAUAACAGGACAAGGGUCAAAAUUGAAAAUUCUUUCAGCCUUCUGAAGGCCCGCUUUGCCUCCCUGCGCUGUCUGCGGGUGGCCCCAGACCGUGCCUGCAAAAUAAUAGCUGCCUGUUGUGUGCUCCACAACAUUGCCACCAUCAGGAAGGAGAGAGCGCCCUGUUUCAACCUCCAGCCUCUUGAUGUUGUGGACCCCAUAAACUUAGAAUAUCCAACAGGCCGGGCAGUGAGGGAGGCAAUCACAAGCGAGUUUUUCACCUGACACAGAGACAUUUUUUUU